AUGGCAGCCGUCGUCAUUCAAAGGAAUUUCAGAGGUUCAAACAUUUUUGGGAGAGCUCUCAAGAGGAAGAAUUCCGCUGCUUCGAUGAUUCAAGCCAAGUUUAUUGAAUGGAAGCUGAAUAUUUCGUUGCUGGCUGUUCAAUCCUCUUUGGUGUUGUUGAAACGAACGCCUUCUGCUUCUUUCUUUGCCAUUCAACAUAUCAACAGAGAGUUACAAGCAGCAAUGCUCUUUUCAAGGUCAUUGACAUUGUCCGGAGGGGACUGGGACCAAGCAAUUGCCGAUUUUGAGAAUCACGCUUCCAUAAUUAUCCAGAGAGCCGUGAAACGGCUUCUUGUAAAGAAGCAGGCCGUGGCGCAUUGGAAUUCCAUUUCUGCUGAGGCUAGACUCUCUUCCGACACUAACUUUGGUUUGGCAAGUGGUGAUAAUGAGCUUUUGUCGUGGCUGCUGAUGUUUCAAGUCCGUCAAGCAUUGGAGGAGCAAAAUCAGUCUGCUCGGAGCAUCCAGCGCUGGUGUCUGGAACGAAGCCGCUGGCUGGCAGCUUGCGUCGUGAUACAGUCACGAGUGCGAGUUUGGCUUGCCAGAAGAAGAGUUUAUCGGCUUAACGUACAGCGUGCUGCAAAGCGAUGCGCUGAAUUCUAUGAUGAACUUGAGGCAACUUUGCUGGCGCGAGUAUACAGGGCAGCAUCGGAACAAGCCCAGCGCGAUGUCAAGCAUUUGCUGUCACACGAUGAGCCAAGCAAAGUGCCCUCGAAGUCCGGAAUAUGCGUCCGACGUAUCGCGCAACGCGUGGUACUGGGCCGACUUCGAGCCGAAAAUGAAAAAGACGAAGUGAACUCGGCCAAAGAUCUUCUUGCGGCCGAGCAGGGGAGAGUACCGGUAGAUAGGUUGGUGCUCUGA